GUAUAUAUGGUGAUGAGCAUGAGAGACAAUGGGGGAUUCGUCGAAAGACAAAGAAGAGUGCGCAGAAGAGUUAGUAGGGCUUGCCACAUGUCUGCCAUAUGUUGGGGGAACUGCAAAAUCUCCAACACCAGACUGUUGCAGCGGGCUGAAGCAGGUCCUGAAAGAUAACAGAAAGUGUUUGUGUGUCAUCAUCAAUGAUAGAAAUGACCCUGAUCUCGGUCUCCAAAUCAAUCUCACCCUCGCCCUCCACCUCCCCAUCGUUUGCCAUGCCCCUGCCAAUGUCUCCCAGUGUCCAGUUUUGCUGCACAUGGAUCCUAAGUCUCCGGAAGCUCGAGUCUUCUAUCAACUGGGCGAGGGCUCUACUCAUGCCGCCCCCAGCCCAUCUCCCAUUCCUACUGUGUUUGUGGUAGGGAAUAAGGAGAUGAGUGCAAGUGUUCCCACGCCCAGCAAUAAUAAUGGUUGUUGCAGAAGAAAAGGAUCCAUGGAGAUUGGUGCCACAGCACUUUUUCUGACUUUCCUAUUCUAUUAGCAGCUUCCAGUUUGUCAUAAUAUUAAUAUAUAUAUAUAUAUAUAUCUUGAAAUCUUCAUCUUCUUCACAUGAUAUAUAUAUAUAUAUAUAUAUAUAUAUCUUCAAACCAGUUUGGUGGUUUAAUUGAA